CCCGUUACCACAUAUAGUGUCAGAGGCGGCGCCACACCCUACAACGCUCUUUCUUAUCGAUGGGAGCUCUGCGACUUUUCCCCAGAGAUUCGAUAUUAGCGUUAAAUUGAAGGAGAAGGCGCAGCAGCAUCUUCUUCUGGGGUCUAAUCUUCUUUUUGCUCCUUUGACUUCCAUUCCUUUUGCAGUGGCGACUAGGCUUUAUCGCUCUCGUACUCUACCUCCAUUUCUCUUCAACUUUUCUUUGUUUUCUUCCGCUUGUUUUUCUUCUUCGUCUCUCCGGACCAUAGCCAUGCCGGGUGCUGAGUCCCAGGAGAUACAGUGGCCUGCGAAGAGAGUGAGGGAUACCUUCAUCAAGUUCUUUGAAGAGAAGAACCAUGUUAACUGGAGAUCUAGCCCCGUUGUUCCUCAUAAUGAUCCUACUUUACUCUUUGCUAAUGCCGGUAUGAACCAGUUCAAGCCAAUAUUUUUAGGAACAGUUGAUCCAAACACUGCAUUGAGCAAAUUGAAACGUGCCUGUAAUACUCAGAAGUGUAUCCGAGCUGGUGGGAAGCAUAAUGACCUAGAUGAUGUUGGUAAGGACACUUACCACCAUACCUUCUUUGAAAUGAUUGGGAACUGGUCAUUCGGUGAUUAUUUCAAGAAAGAAGCAAUUGAAUGGGCCUGGGAACUUCUCACCCAGGUAUAUGGCUUGCCAGCUGAUCGAAUUUAUGCCACCUAUUUUGGUGGAGAUGAGAAAGCGGGUCUUGCGCCUGACACUGAAGCCAGAGAUAUAUGGCUAAAGUUUCUUCCGUCUGGAAGGGUGCUCCCAUUUGGUUGUAAAGAUAAUUUCUGGGAGAUGGGUGACACAGGGCCCUGUGGGCCUUGCACUGAAAUACAUUAUGAUCGAAUUGGUAAUCAGGAUGCUGCAUCCUUAGUUAAUAAUGAUGAUCCAACGUGUAUUGAGAUAUGGAACCUUGUGUUUAUUCAGUACAAUAGGGAAACCGAUGGUUCCUUAAAACCUCUGCCUGCUAAGCAUGUUGACACUGGAAUGGGUUUUGAGAGAUUAACUUCGGUGCUCCAGAACAAGUUGAGCAACUAUGACACUGAUGUGUUCAUGCCCAUCUUUGAUGCUAUCCAAAAGGCAACAGGUGCUCGAACAUACUCUGGAAAAGUUGGGCCAGAAGAUUUUGACAAAGUUGACAUGGCAUAUAGGGUUGUCGCAGACCACAUUAGGACUUUAUCUUUUGCCAUAGCUGAUGGAUCUUGUCCAGGCAAUGAAGGCCGUGAAUAUGUUCUAAGGCGUAUUCUUCGUCGAGCUGUUCGGUAUGGAAGGGAGAUCCUACGUGCCGAAGAAGGGUUUUUCAAUGGCCUUGUGAGUGUUGUGGUUAAAGUGAUUGGCGAUGUUUUUCCAGAGCUGCAGCAACAUGAGGCGCACAUUAAGGACGUAAUUAAAGCAGAAGAAACAAGUUUUGGCAGGACUUUGGGUAAGUAA